AUGGCAUCUCAGGACAGAGACAGAGACAGAUCGACUCGAAGAAUGAGCAGGAGACGAAGAGAUUCAAGACGGGAGUCCCGCGGCAUGUCGCUUGAUGUGCCGGAGCGCUUCAAGGAUGGCGAUGAUGCUCAGGAAGAUGUUACGGCGCCAAAGCGAAAUAACACCAUGUCGAUGAAUCAAUCCCUAUUCUCCAUGAUAGCUCGCGCAGGGCAGCAGUCGCAAACAGACCUCGGCACGAUGCAGGAAGCUGACUCCGGUGAUAGCGAAGAUGAAGGCAAGCGGCAGGCAUCGUACCAUGGUCUGGACAGCGCUGCCAGAUUGAGUCGCUUAAGCUCUGCAAAUGACUUUCACAUCUCGACAGAGGAGCCUCACGACAAGAAUGUGGCAAAAGGAAAGCACAGGCGGACACUGUCCGAAAACAAGCUCUUACGCUCGCUCCCCAGGCUGAAGGUGUCGAGCCGGAAAGAAGGACGCCCAGAAGGCCCACGAGCCCAUCCAAUGUCUUCGUCGCAAUUUCUACCACCCAAACCAUCGCUCAGUCAAUCUACAGCAGCCUUGAAGAAAUGGCAGCCCAAAGGCAAGGACAAGGACAUGGAAAAGGAUAAAGUCGAUAUCACAAUGGGUGAGGAAACACAUGCUGAAAGAGCAUCCAAUACUGGACGGAAGAGCAGAAAUGGAAGCAUGGCCGGCGUGGAUAACAGCCAACAACCUGUGACGCUUGCGAAAAGGAUCCAGCAAAUAUUUGAAUUCGAGCAGGUUGAGGAGGUCAUAUCCGAAUACCCAUGCUGGUUACUUCAAAGUAUCCUAUUACAGGGUUACAUGUACAUCACACAGAAGCACAUAUGCUUUUAUGCAUACCUACCCAAGAAGCAUCAUGAUGUCACCAAAACAGGUUAUCUCUUCAAGCGUGGCCGAUCGAAGCUGAACAGAUACUGGUUCGUCUUGCGUGGCGACGUACUCGCAUAUUACACCAACCCAGCAGAACUCUACUUUCCGAGAAAUCGCAUCAAUCUCCAGUACGCCCUGACUGCCGAAGUACUUGAAAGUACGAAAAAAGGCGAAGAAGAGACUAGUUUUGCAAUCACAACAGACGAAAGAAGAUAUGUUUUCAAAGCAGACAGUGCUGCGAGUGCGAAGGAAUGGACCAGAUCGAUUCAGAAGGUCAUUUUCCGAACUCAUAACGACGGGAACAGUGUAAAGAUAUCGCUCCCGAUCCAAAAUGUUCUGGAGAUUGAAGAGAGCUCGAUACUGGACCUUGCAAAUACCGUCAAGGUCCGUGUAAUAGACAACGACGAGACGUUUGCCAUAGACGAGUAUUUCUUCUCGUUUUUCAACAACGGCCAAGAUGCGCUCAAUGUGCUCCGCAUCAUGAUCAAUGACAACGAGCAUCAUCAGCCUACCCCGGAUGCUGGUGAACUCGAGAAUCAACCCGCUUCUCAUCGUGGCUCCGUAACAUCUCCAACAGAUGCUAGUGAGAUGCCCCAAAUCCGCGAAAAUGUGCGGGCUACUUUAUCACCAUUGCCUCCGCAACAAAGCUUCAGUGGUGACCCACGUAGCACGCAACACAAGCACUAUUCGGAAGACGAUUCGCCUCAGUCCCCCAGAGCAGCGGAUUCUGAGUCGGCGACGCUCUCAUUCGAACCAGGCACAGAAUCAUCAACCGCAAUCCAAUCGAUAGAUGAAAGCAAUGCUUCCGCAUCUCAAAUACUCGACCGCUCCGAUCUUUUCCGUGGACCCACAAACCUACCCGUCGAUAACGCACCACUGAGUAAACUCGAUCUACAACAUAGGGACUCACAAGAAACAACACGGUCAGCUCAAGCAAAGACUACAAAUGUCACAAAACGUUCCAAACAGUCCGCAGCCAUAACGGGUACGCCUGACUUUGAAGAUGACACGGACGCUAGUCAAGCAAAUCCUCGCAUGUCAGGAUCAUCUUCGGCCUUACAGGAUAUUGCCUCCUAUCCACUCCAGAAAGCAUCGGGAUUAGCUGGAUUCUUGAGGACUCGAUCGAAGAAGAUGGGUACUCUGUUAGCAAGCGAGUCGAUGGGUUACUACGAAAAAGUAUCCGGCAUGCUUGCGGGCGGACGAAAGCACUACAACACCGCUGAAGGCUUGGAGACUGGGGAUCAAAUUCAUGGAUUCGAGGACGAUGAGGAUGCAGCCAAGGCCGUAGAGAAUUUCCGCGACCAUUUCGCCUUUCCCGAAACCGAGAUUUUGCAGUCUUCUUUCUUCGCAUCCUUGCAGCGAGUGUUGCCAAACUACGGCAAAAUCUACAUAAGCGGGAGAUAUUUUUGUUUCCGCAGUUUGAUGCCAACGUCAAAGACCAAGGUCAUACUCCCUAUGCGAGAUAUCGAAAAUGUGAACAAAGAAAAAGGAUUCCGAAUCGGUUAUCAUGGUCUCGCCGUUGUCAUCAAAGGUCACGAAGAGCUCUUUUUCGAAUUCUCAAAGGCGGAGUAUCGGGACGAGUGUGCCAUCACAGUGCUUCGUAUAUUGGAGAAUACGAAGUAUCUCGAGGAUGAGGAUUCGUCUUCUUCGGGUGUGGAUAGUGGAGACGAGGCGGCCAAAGCAGAACAUGACUUGCUCCAGCAGGCGCGCGAGCACACGGAUACUGGCAAGCAAGCUAAUGUAUCGGAGAUCGUCCGUGCUGCGGACCACGACAGGAUACCCCUCAUAUUCGACGACCCACUCGCUUCGUUUGUGGACUUCAAACCUCCAGAGCCGUUGAACAUUGUUUGCCUUACCAUUGGAUCCCGAGGAGAUGUACAGCCGUACAUAGCAUUAUGCAAAGAGCUCCUGAAGGAGGGGCAUAAGCCGCGCAUUGCGACACACGCCGAGUUUGAGCCUUGGGUGCGCAAACACGGUAUCGACUUCGCCGUUGUUGAUGGAAACCCAGCUGAACUGAUGCGCAUCUGUGUCGAACAUGGCAUGUUUACGUAUGGGUUCAUGAAGGAGGCCAAUUCCAAGUUCCGUGGAUGGCUGGAUGACGUGUGUAGUUCUUCGUGGCGGGCUUGCCAGGGUGCAGAUGUGCUCAUUGAGAGUCCUAGCACCAUGGCGGGAAUUCACAUAGCUGAAGCUUUGGAGAUUCCAUACUUUCGGGCUUUCACGAUGCCUUGGACACGUACUCGAGCCUACCCCCAUGCCUUUUCUGUGUUGGAGAAGAAGAUGGGUGGAGGAUACAACAGUCUGACAUAUAUCACCUUCGAUACUAUAUUCUGGACUGCAAUUUCUGGUCAGAUCAACAAGUGGCGUCGCCGAGAAUUGGGACUUCAAGGAACCACGCAGCAUAAGAUGCAGGCGAGUCUACGACCGUUCCUGUACAACUUCAGCCCCCAUGUGGUGCCACCGCCCCUCGACUGGCCGGAUUGGGUUCGUGUCACUGGCUAUUGGUUUCUGGAUGAGAGCGACUCAUACGACCCUCCCACCGAAUUAUUGGCAUUCAUGGAAAAGGCACGCGCAGAUGGCAAAAAGCUGGUCUACGUUGGGUUCGGCUCCAUUGUCAUCGACGACCCCGCAGCACUUACUAGGACUGUCGUAGACUCUGUGUUGAAGGCAGACGUACGCUGUGUGCUAUCUAAAGGCUGGUCUGAUCGUUUGGAGACCAAAGACGCUUCAAAGCCGGAGAUUCCCCUUCCACCUGAGAUCUUUCAGAUUCAGGCCGCACCGCACGACUGGUUGUUUAAACAGAUGGACGCUGCUGUGCACCAUGGUGGCUCCGGCACUACAGGAGCAAGCUUGCGAGCUGGAAUCCCUACCAUUAUUAAGCCUUUCUUUGGCGACCAAUUUUUCUUUGCGCAGCGUGUGGAAGACAUGGGUGUUGGAGUAUGGCUGAAGAAGGUCAAUACGAGUGUUUUCAGUCGUGCACUGUGGGAAGUCACCAACAGCCAGCGCAUGAUCAUGAAGGCAAAAGUGCUUGGACAGAAGAUCAGAAAGGACAAUGGCACGCAAGUUGCGAUCCAGACCAUCUACCGAGAACUAGAUCGCGCUCGCACGCUCAUCAAGAAGCAGACGAAACAGGAUGACGACAACAGUGAGGAGUUUGAAGAGGACUGGACAAUCAUUGAAGAAGGCGAGGAGAUGGACGGAGCUCAUCCCUUUGCAAUGCAGCAGCCAUUGGUGGGGAUCAACCAGGACGCAUCUCAGAUGGGUGCUGGUUCUUUGGUUCUGGGCAGUAUGGUGUUGAAGGGCGCAGCUGCGCAGAAGCAGGCACCACCAGAAGUCGCGCGUCGGGAUUGA